CAGCUGCAGCCAGCCGAUAUCGCGCGUCGGCGCAGCUGUUGUUUGUGUUUCCGCUCGAGUCCGCUCCUCGCACCGCAAUAGUCUCGUCGCGUUCCCUCUGUGUGUACAGCCAAGAAUCUCCGUUGUUAAUUCCGCAAUGGCAUCAGAGAGGCUCCGGGAGGACGCGAUCGUGAUAGUGCCCUAAACGAGACAUACCUCGGGGACUCCCCCGGAGCUACCGACGCCGACAGCCCGAGACAUAAUAGCGGUGCACUUGGCAAGGCCGAAGCAGAGCCAGAGUCGACUCUUCUGAAUGCACGCCGAUGCACUCUUGUGAGUAAAUCAUAAUAAUACUGCUGUUGCUGCUGCUGCUGCUGCUGCUGCACUUUUUGCGACGGUCGCCUCUUGUAGUGUGUAUCGCAGUGAUAUCGUAGAUGCGUAGUUUGAAAGGUUUUGGAAUUCGGUGAUCGUGUUAUUGGUGUGUGUGCCGUGUGUGAAUACUGCGAAGACAGGUGUGAGAUUGCGAGACGAUGUAAAAUUCAGUGGGGACGGUGUAAGUAACGCGGUAUAGAUUUUACGCGACGGUCGCGUGAGGGUUCAUUGUUGGUAAACGAGACUUGUUGAGAUGGAUGGAGGCUUCUCGCCGAGUGGCGUGUUGUGAAAAUGAAAUUUGUCUUUAAAAAAAUUAGUGAAAAUAUUAAAAAUAAAAAUUCGACGUAGUUUUUUGACAAAUGUAGAGUCGUCUAUAAGUGGUUAAGUGUGUUUAUUGUUGUGAGCAAACUUUCUAAAUCCACGAGCGAACUGUUGCUGAGGUCUUCUUUUUUCCAACUACCCUAAGCAGUAUCUUAUUAUAAUGAUACUAGGCAGUCAAUUUAAAAAUUAAAAGAAUCGUAAACUCUAACGAAUACAGCACCGACAAAAACAAAAAAAAAAAACGACACCGUUCAAUACACUUUGCAGAUUCAACAAGUCUCGGAUAAACACAGACAGGAAUAAGGCAGCAAAAUAAGCAGCGCACCUACACAGCAGCGAGAUCGUCUCCAAAAUGACACAUCCAGGACUGGCCGUGAUGCUGGUGGUAGGAGUAGGUUUGGGAGCAGUGCUCUACUACUUUUUUGCGAGCACAUCGGAGCAGAUGCCCAACAGAAGGCGAGAAAGCGGUCGAUCCCAGGGUCCGAAUAACCGGACCUGUUGGUCGUCCUCACCUCCCAGCGAUCCACGCAAUAGAAGGCAGGACCAAAAAUGUACCAUUUGCAUCGACGAGGCGAAUAAGGAGAACGGAGUCAGGAUAGUUCCAUGCAUGCACAUCUUCCACAAACAAUGCAUAGAAGAAUGGAGGAAAAAUGGGGCAGGCGACGCUCGCCAAAGCUGUCCAAUCUGCCGAGAUAAAAUUAUGGGAUUGGAGGAGUUAUGAUAGACCAUUGUCGUGCACUCGCGACAAGGGGAGACAGCUAAUUUUCUAUUAUACCUUAAUCUUAAUUAUAACUAAUUUUUUUUAUUCGCUUGAAAGUUGCAUUAGCGGGUUACUUUCAAGAUCGCUGCCAUGAUUUGAGCGACAUUCAUAUUGUUUUGUAUGAAGUUUACUGUCACUCGUCGGCAUUCAACAGAACUUCUCACACGCACGCGCGCGCGUACAAUCUUGAAAUUUUUCAACUUUCCGUCACCCAGAUAAAAAGUACGUUUGUUUAAAUGGAACAUACAUAUUACCAUAUUUAUUAUUGGCCAUUAUAGGCAACGGAUUUAUACAUUAUCUUCACAUUUAGUUCUAGACAAUAUUUUACAAAAUUCCGAAACAUAUAAAUUAUAUAACAGAACAAAGAACUACGCACACGAUCUUAUUAUACAUGCGUGUGUGUGUAUAUAUAUAUAUAUAUAUAUAUGUACAUAUACACACACACACACACACAAGAUUUGUGAUUGUUGAACUAACUGUUCAAGACUUCUAUAUAUAGUAGCCUUUUUAUUUCAUUUCACAAAAUAGGGGUAAAGAAGAUGAGUCAUUCUUUUCACCGGACUGCUCAAUUUUAAUAUGUAUACGUUGUAGCGGUUGUGGUUAAGGUGCGUUAUAACAAUAUAAACGGAAAAAAAUUAAUGUUUAGCCUACUGUGAACGUCAACCGAGAUGUCGUUAAGUUGAGACUGUCGAAACAGGAAUUACCCAUUACGAUUUAUUAGAUUUUUCGAUAUAUAAGAUAAUAUAUAUAUAUAUAUAAAAAAAUUGCUUUCGACAUUGGGUAUCCAAUUGUUGCAAGAUGACGCGAGCUAAAACGUGAGAAAUAAAUUGUAGUUGUAUAGAGAAUAUUUUCUUAGUGAAGCAAUAAUUGCGUUCGUUGACUUUGUUUAUUUCCUAUCGUUCGUGUAUGUCCAUAGUUGACGAUAGAGCGUAGUCACGAGGAAAUUGCUGUUUAUUAACUUAUUUAUAAUGCGUUGCGGGACUAUAUACAUAAUUGUCCUUUGUACUUGUCACCCGAACGACCUUAUAGAUUUUGUAUUGGUAAAAUUGAAAAGGAGGUUACGAAAAUGAGGCUGGCUAAUAUGUGAUGCUUUUUAGGCUUUUAGCGUGUAAUGUAAGCUUACAACGAAGUACGCGUUAUUUUGGUUUCCUUUUUCGAAAAAUAGUAAUCGACUUUUUCGUAUAUCAUUACGUAUUGACGCAAUAAUUAAUGUACAAAAAAGUUAUGAAUUUCCGUAAAGCUAUCUCUUUAAACUUGAAACUGCCUUGUUUGCCGAAUUUUCUAUCGUCCCAUUAUUUACGUUCGUUGACGUUUCGUUAAUUGCGAUCAUAGGAGCGUGCACCAAUUAUUUGAAUAUAUUCUAUUUGAAUAAGGCAAUUGGUUUAUUCGAUCAUACUUAUUAGUGAAUCUGCGUUCGAAGUAGAUCAUAUUUAUAAACGAAAUUUGUUUUUUGAAGAAUAAACUUUUUUAUAACAAACACCA